AUGCCUAGACAGAGCCCGCACCGCACACCGUCAGCGGCGUUUCAGUCUGGGGAUGGCGCCUCGAUGUCGACAGCAAGGGUUCCCCAGCUCUUACCGUCGUAUACCCCCCGGCAGAGAUCUCAGGGCCAGCAGCAGGUGACGCCCGGGCAAGAACAAUCCUCUGACCGCGAAGACGAGCUCGACGACGAGGACGAAGAACAGGACGACGAGGAAGAGGGCGAAGGUGAUGAGGAGGACGAAGACGAAGACGAAGAUGACGGAGAUCGUGCAGAGGACCUAGAUGCCGUCGAGGGGCACAGCUACGAGGAUGACGACCUGGAGGAUGAAAAGGACUCUUCGGCUCCCAUACCGCCCAAUCUCCGCGAGAUAUCGUCUCUCGCGUCAUGGACGGUCUCAACAUAUAAACCCGGAAGUGGCGUGGCAGCCCUGCGUAACCCGUCUCCGAACCAGUUCUGGCAGUCUGACGGACCACAGCCACAUACCCUGGCAUUACACUUCUUCAAACGCGUCGCCAUAGUGCGGAUACGCGUCUAUUUGGACUUUGAGCUCGACGAGAGCUAUACGCCUACAAAGAUGAUAUUCCUGGCUGGCAUGGGAGGGAAUGACCUCGUUGAAUUUGCUACAUGGCAGGGAGACACGCCUUGUGGCUGGGUCGAUAUCAAGCUCGACGGGGUCGGAGGCAGGCAUCAGAAGAUAGAUAAACUGACUCGAAGGGACGAGGAACGUCAGCGGAGACGACGGUCACGGACACCCGAGUCUCGUGCUAAACCUGUCAACAAGAACCAGCCGAAGCAGCCCAAUGUAAUGGUGCUCCAAGUGAAGGUCUGCGAGAAUCAUCAGAACGGCAAGGACACGCAUGUCCGUGGAUUUCAGGUCUUCGCUCGAGAUGAUAAAUACUAUACCCGUAUGGGCAGGGCAGAUAACGGGCAGAAGCUGCUCCACCACGACCUUGGGGUGGGCAUGUUGCAUUCCGAUGACGGAGAGCUGGAGGGUGAGAAUGUCUCGAGAUUCGACGAGGACGACUGGAUGAUGGAGCCGGAGCUGCGAUGA